UCUGGUAUUUCCUGGCCACCGUGGCCAACUUGUGUCGGAGGGUGGAGUUCAAUCAGUCGAACAUACAUCACUGAAGCAAAUCAAGAACCAGUGUCAUCGGGUUCCUCACAAAUCCCAUCAUGUCCACGGCGUUCAGGUCUUGUCUCGUGCUCGGCGGCUUCAUAUUUGCGUACAUCGCUUAUUUGUUGUUGGGAGCGCUUGUUUUCUCUGCCAUCGAGAGGCCUGUCGAAGAGACCAUGAAAUCAGACCUGAACUCGCUGAAAGAGGAGUUCCUCAACCUGAGCUGCAUCAACGCCACGGCUCUCGAAAUUUUCUUGGAGAAAGUCUUGCAAGCGAAUAAAUACGGUGUGUCGGUCCUUGAAAACGCGUCGCUGCCUACAAACUGGGAUUUGGCGUCUGCUCUGUUCUUUGCAAACACGAUGGUGACGACAGUGGGGUACGGCCACACUACGCCUCUGUCUGAUGCGGGUAAAGCUUUCUCCAUUGUGUAUGCUUUGAUUGGAGUGCCCUUCACCAUGCUAGUGCUCACAGCCUGUGUCCAGCGCCUCAUGCACCCGCUGACCUACGGACCCAUCUCUGUGUGCCAGCGGAGGGCCGGCCUGCAGCAUCGCAGCGCCAGUGUGCUGCACUUCAUCAUGAUGCUGGUCCUGGUGGUGCUCGGCUUCUUUGUGGUGCCUGCGCUGGUGUUCAGCACCAUAGAAGAAACCUGGUCUUUCUUAGACUCCUUCUACUUCUGUUUCAUCUCGCUCUGCACUAUAGGACUGGGGGACUUCGUACCAGCAGAAAAGCCAGGACAGAGACUCAGAGCUUUGUACAAGAUAUCAGUCAUGGUCUACCUGUUUGUGGGAUUGAUGGUCAUGUUCCUGGUCCUUCGGACUUUCCACAAGCUUGCAGAUGUGCACGGCUGGACUGCUUUCUUCCAGCUGCCGAGCUACGAGGAGGAAGAUGAUGAUAAAGAACCAAUAAUGGGACAAGACCCUGACGAUGAAUCCCCGGAGGCUGUGAAGCCCCUGGAUCCCAGCUCUCAAGUGUCCUACAACUCCAUCAAUAGAUAAAACCCCAGAUCUCUUCAUAUUCAGAUGUCAGUGUCCUGCAAUUGUACAUUGUCUGGACAUGUAACAUCAACACGUUGCAAUUUAGCACCAAAAAGGUCAAGACAAUCGAGUAUGAACGUGUGCAAUACACUUCACUGUCAGACAGAACCGCUUCUGAUGCUUUGUAGGAACGAAGCAUAGCAGAACAUUUCAUGAACCAAAUAAGGUCUUUUUUUGUUUUUUGGAGUUGCCAAAUCUGAUCUUCAAAACUAAAUGGAUGUUGUCAUUGCUUUAGGAAGUGGAGAGUCCCAAGUGUGAAUCUUCUUUUAGUUUUGUGCAGGGUUCGUAACUGAUGAUGCAUUUCAGAUUAUUAGAUGAUUAUCUUAUGGACCAAGAUUGCUCUGGAUCAUAGUAACAGGAAGAGAUUAAUGCCUUUGACCUCCGUUCAAUACAUUCAUUUAAUGAGUGUGAAAUUAAUUUUCAUAGCUAGUUAAUGAUGGUUCUUGAUGUCGAGUCAUGUGGAGAACUUCAGAUGCACUUUAUAAUUGGCUUUUUAUUUAGGUUUGUGCAACCGUUGGACAGCCAGUGAUAAUGCUGGACACAAUCUCUUUGUCUUUAGUUUAGUACUUGUAUAUUCUAUAAAUAUUCUUUGUAUCAUUGCAAUUGUAUAUUCAGUGUUGGAUUGGAGGGAACAAAAAGGUCUCUGAUGUUUAAUGUCAGAAGAACAAAAUGUGUUUUAAGAAAUGCAUGCACAGAAAAAGAAAAUAAAAUGUUUGGUAUUUUGUGA